AUGAAGCUCAUUGGGGGCCUCCUUCUGCUCUUCACAGCAACCUAUUUCUGCAACAGCUCAGAAGUUACCACUCACCCUUCACCAACAGUGGACUGGGACAUAUACAAGAAGUACCCAGUGGUAGCUAUCCCCUGCCCCAUUGAAAACACACCAGUUUGUGGUUCAGACUAUAUCACCUAUGGGAAUAAAUGCAAGUUGUGUACAGAGAUCUUGAGGAGUAAUGGGAAAAUUCAAUUUCUUCAUGAAGGCCAUUGCUAA